CGCGUGUGUGAUGCAGCGAUGGCGGUGAAGGCGGCGCUGCUCUGCGCUGCGUUCUUCUUACAAUAUGCUUCAGCCGAAUUGAGAGGGCGAUGCCCGGCAGAGAGCGUGUCGUGCCCGGCGCGAGCGACGCCGUGCGGCUCAGACGACGAGUGCGGCGAGCAGAUAUGCUGCAGCACCAGCUGUGGACGCGCUUGCGUCGACCCGCUGUACACUGGUUGUGAGAACGUAAAGAUGUCAUCAGAGAGGAUAUCCCGGGCGCUGGCUGCUGAGAACAGCCGCAGCGGCCGCGGGAUGCUGAAGAGCGUGCGGGCUCCUCGCUGCAGGGUCUCCGACGGAGAAUUCGAGGAGAUCCAGUGCGAUAACGAAAUCGUCAGCAGCUGCUGGUGCGUCGACGCUGCUGGGUUUGAGGUGCCCGGCACCCGAGCGCCCGCAGCAGGCCUAGUCAACUGCACGCGCGUGUCACCGUGCGCCGCUCACACGUGUCGCAUGCUGUGCCCGCUCGGCUUCGAGCUGGACGCGCGAGGCUGCCCGCUGUGCAAGUGCCGGGACCCCUGUGCGUCCGUCACGUGUCCCGGACAGCUGUCUUGCCAGCUGGAGGAGACGCCCUGUCUGAGGCCGCCAUGUCCACCAGUUCCUACGUGCAAGAGAGGAAGAAGUUUGUCAAACAUUUGUCCAGCAGGGGAGCCUCUUCUCAUAUCUGAAACAAGCCGACCGUUCCUUUGUGGUACGGACCCUGGGAAACCAAACUGCCCACCUUUCUACAGAUGCCUGGUCGAAUCAGGAAACGAUUACGGAGUCUGCUGUCCAGCCUCCCUCGAACUCCAAAAAGCCGGGACUUGUCCAGCUUCCUCGUCCGAAGAGGUAGAAUGCGGAGCGCCUUGCGCACACGACUUAGAGUGCCCGUCUAUGCAGAAGUGCUGCGAUGGAGGAGAAUGUGGAAGACACUGCACUUUGCCACAUAACGUGACCAUGUGCACCCAACAAAAGAUGCUAGCAGAACUACUGGUCGUCAGCGAGAAAGAAGGAAAAGGAUACGUGCCACAAUGUGCAGCCGAUGGAAACUUCGUGUCCAGGCAAUGCUCUAGAAAUGGACUAGUCUGCUGGUGUGUGGACUCCGACGGCAACAAGCUCCGCGGGUCCAUGGGCCCUUCAGCCACCGUCCAGUGCUCGCCAACGCCCCGCCCCGCCCGCACCGGGGCCAGAAGUCUCACCACCUGCACCAGGGCUCUAUGCGCAGGCGUCUGCGAGUACGGAUACAAGAGCGGCGCGGACGGAUGCCCCACUUGCGAGUGUGACGACCCCUGCGCGGGAUUCCCCUGCCCUGACGGAGAGGAGUGCGUGAGGGUCCGAGACGCAGAGUGCUCAGGGGAACUGUGCACUGGAUACCCUGUCUGUCGUCCAAAGGUAUCAUACGAUAACCCUUGCGAAGUCGGGGUCCCGGCUACGGACGAUGACGGCAGCGUGGUGGGAUGUGGCACCGACAGCGACUGUCCUAGCGAACACUUCUGCACCAAACUGAGACGCAGUGGAAACGCUGUGUGCUGCCCUGAUCCACACUUUGAGAACUCUACGGACAGCUAUUCCAUGGAGCUAAACCUCGACUCAUGUGGCGUAGAAGCGGAAGCCCUCUGCGGCCUCAACUCCACGGCCAGCUGUCCGGAGGGCGCGUGCGACGGCGAGCUCGUCUGCUGCGCCGCCGCCUGCGGGCCCAUCUGCAUCGACCCGGCCAAGAUGCGGCUGCAGAGCGACAGAGUGGACGACACUCCAACGAUGUGCGAAUACCUUCGUGAUUUCGACGAGAAGAUGGAAGGGACAGUGGACGGUAUGAAGCUGGCUCUUCCACCACCGACCUGCAACCCCGACGGCUCCUUCUCCACCCAGCAGUGCGCUAAGGGACGCUGCUGGUGCGUGGACUCCUUCGGCACGGAGAUACCGAGGACCAGCGGGCACAAUGCUUCUUCUGUGGACUGCGACAAAUUGCGCGAAGAACUUGACUGCCUAGACAUGACGUGCCGCAUGGGCUGCGACUACGGCUUCGAGAUCGGCGCCAACCGCUGCCCGACGUGCCGCUGCCGCGACCCGUGCGCCGGCGUCACCUGUCCUGCUGACCGCGCCUGCGCUGUGGUAGAUGUGGCUUGCGACGCGGACUACUGCCCUCCUGUUCCUGCCUGUUUACCAAGGAAACCCGGUCAAUGCCCAUACCUGGUACCCUCAAACGGUGCCUGCGAGUGGUCGUGCCGGAAUGACGCGGAAUGUGGACCAGCGGAACGGUGCUGCGCCACUGGAUGCGGUACUGCCUGCACUAAAGCAGAGCACCAGUCUGCUUGUCAGCAAAGGAGGGCGCUAGCGCUCCACAUGGCAGCCGAAAGCGGCAGCCCGCCCUCAUGGACUUGGGUACCGGAAUGCCAGGAGGAUGGCACUUAUGCCAGCGUACAGUGCCGGGGCGCUGACAAGACCUGCUGGUGCGUGGACGCUGCUGGCAUUGAGAUGCCAGGCACAAGAACGACCAACUCCACACCUAACUGCGAUGCUCCUUCCGAAUGCCCCAACCCUGGCUGCAAUGAAGACGAGGUCUGCGCCCACGGCAGAGAGUUGGACGCCAAGGGCUGCCCCACUUGCGAGUGUAGAGACCCCUGCGCCGAGGCCAAGUGUAGAGACGAUGAAACCUGUGAGCUGGUGCCUUUGGAUUGCGAGGGUGACAUCUGUCCGCCACUAGCCCGAUGCGCGCCGUCACCCCAGUGUCCUGACGGUGAACCACUCCAGGCGCCCGACGGUUCUGGAGCCCUGACCUGCGGACCGUCAGCCGCGGCCUGCCCUUCUACCCACGCCUGCAGAUUCGCGCCACACGACUCUAGACCUUCGGUGUGCUGUCCUAAGCCACGCACAGUCUGCUUCGAGAGCAAAGAGCCCGGCGUAUGCACAGGCGGCGACGGGCUCAACACCACCCGCUGGCACUUCAACCACGAGCGCAACCGCUGCGAGAGGUUCCGCUACCACGGCUGCGCGGGCAACCACAACAACUUCCGAACUAAAGAAGAGUGCAAUGCUGUCUGUCCAGUGCUAAGUCCCUGCGAAAGGCUUCGGGAAAAGAACGAGGCAGCCGCCCAGAAGUACGGGAAGGGUACCUUCAUCCCGGUCUGCGACGAAACCGGCGCGUGGGAGUCGGUGCAGUGCAUGUCGCAUAUUGCAGACGUGUGCUGGUGCGUCAGCGCGCGCGGCGAACCGCUGAAGGGCUCCCUGGUGCGCGGCGCCAAGCCCACCUGCAACUUCAGGCAGGCCAGGAAGUGGGUACAGCGGGACCCGCUGGACGAGAGGGCCAGAGCUGACGAAGUGCUAGAAGAACUCAUCAGGCAAAUGACAGCAUACCGAGUGGACGACUUUCAAGAAGACGACGACGAGGACCUGGACAGCAUAGACCAGGAAGCAGAGCCGCGAGAGACCAUUCUGAUCCAGAACCUAGAAGAUAAGGCCAUUGGCGACGACGCGUCUGUGUUGGCAGAAGUCGUUGAACCGAAGCUUGCGGACACGACGAGGAAAGCCGAGAAUGCUCUGGAAGUGAAGUCUAAGAACGAAGUGUUCAAGACCAAGUGUCAAAUGAUGCAGGAGGAGAGUGAGAAUGGAGCUGAAGGUCCCCGCCCACGGUGUCUAUCAGACGGCUCGUUCGCGCCACGCCAAUGCUCUCGCGGACGCUGCUGGUGCGUUGACGCGGCCGGCCAGAGAAGACCACACGCUGGCGUGGUGCCUGAUCUACCUGACCGCGAUCCUUGUGAGCCAACACAAAUCGAAUCAGCGCUCUUAGAGCUGGAACUCCUCGGGGUAGAGAACUCGAUAGCCGAGCGUGCGCGCGCGACUCUCUCGUCCCGGCUGACGGCGAUGGGCGCUCGAGUCCCCGUCAGCGUGACCAAGGACAAGAACAUGAUACGGCUGAGGGCUACCCUCACUGGGCCGAAGGCUGUAGACGUGGUGUACCAGAUUGAGAACUUGGUGAAGCAAGAAAAGCUGUCUGGCAUGGACAAGUCGCAAAGUGGGGUUUUGGGCGCUGACGUCAUCCGCAGCGAGUACCGCCUCGCCGCGCCGCAACCGCACCACCAGCGGGAGAUCCUCACGGAAUCCACUGUCUCAGCAGCGACAUCGUACCACACCGCGCUAAUCGUGCUCGCAGCCACUUCAGCUUUCAUCAUCAGCGUUCUUUGCGUCCUCGUGAUGCUCUACCGCGCCAGGCUUCAACGGGAGCCACACAAGGCCGAACGAUUCCUCCCUCCAGCACCUCCCGUCUACGUCCUCUCAGCCGACGAGAAAGCAGAACUCGCCAGGGUACUCCACGCACCCCCACCACCAGUGCCCCCCACAGACGAAAACUCAAGAGUCUAAUGCGCCACGUUACUUUAAACGUUAGUACAGGUAAUUAGGGUCCAAUUUAACCGCUAGUUUUUGGUAACGUAGAUGCGGAUGGUCCUUCGGCGGGCCAAUUGUUCGCGACGAGUCAAGAUGGCUGGCGAUUCUUCGUGUUCGACAGGCGUUUACGUGAAUUUAUUGUAGCUUAGAUGAAUUUUAGGUCCUAAAGUAUUGUAGGCAUUAAUGUGAUCUCUCAAGCCAUGUUGACUAGCCGUGGGCGUUAUACCUACGCGUCAAGAACUGAAGAAAAUAAUUGGACGCUGCCUUUCUCUUUUACGGUAAACUUAUCCAGGGUAUAUCUCCUUGGUUGUAGACAAGGAACUUCCCUUAAUCUCAGACUUAAUGCUAGCGAUCUUCCUACUUUAGUAGUUUAAGUAAUAUCGAGGGCUGGGUCACAAUCUUUCUAUUGUAUAGUCAUAGGCUCAAUUGUUUAUGAGUAGAUACAUUAGUUCGAGCAAUGCAAACUGUUAUCGAGUAUGUGAUUUAUACUACUUACUUAUUAAAACUUUUAAUAAACUUACACAUCAUUACACUUCUACACUUUUCUAUUGUAAGUAAACCCUGCAACCUACAUAAAUAUUAUGUAAAUCGAAGAUCGCUCGCGUCGAGCUUUAAACUGUAACUGUAAUUCUAUAGAUGAGCAAAAAGAACUGAGUCCAAAUGUAAAAAUAAUGUGCUAGUUUAAGCACUGUUUAAAUUAAUGGAAUUUUGGUGGAGGUUAAUAAUAAUAUUAAUAAAGUUCAUUUUGCUCACCACUAGACAAGUGUUUAAGAGCACAUCUCUUCAAUCAGUGCCAAGUCUGUCUUGUUAUUCUAGCCUUGGUGGUGAAAGUACUUGCAGCCUGUUUCACUAUAACUCAAUACCAUUUGGUAGCCAACCAUAAUGAUUAAUGACUCCAAAAAUAAAAUAUUAUGUAGAGUAGACUAGACUAGGAAAAGACACUAGCGAAUUAUUUUUUAAUCUUUUGUAAAUUGUAGCGGUUACGCCCAAAGAAACAAAAAGGCUUUAGUGUGUAUUACUUAAGUGGUCGUGAAACAGGCAUAUUCUUGUUAAGUUUUAAUCAUGUUAAGUAUCUACUUAUUUAGUUAUGCGUAACUGUGUGCGUCAGAAAGUAACGCGCGCAGUUACGCGCCUUAGUUCCUUUCGUCGAGCCUCGAUCUUAUUUCUUCUUAAAUUGUACAGUUGAAAACAACA